CCUGGGCAGUGUACCUAGGGCGCGCCACCGUCGGUUGAUCGCCAGCGCCACCGUGGCUAAAUGCCGUAUUACUGAGAAGGCUUAAAUCGGCGACACGGCCGGUAUCACGUGAAAGAUGCCACCCGUUAUUUUAUUUUGCGGAUUCAAACCAAUUCAAGAUAUCGGCAACUUUUAUCGCGACCAGGCAUUAGAAAAGGGGAAGAGGUUGUUCCAGAACAACCACGUGUAUGGCGUGCGGGAAGAGAACGGCACGGACAUCGCGGCCAAGUGCCAUUCCCAGCAGGGAAAACACGUGUACGACGUAACACUCCAGCUAAUCCAAGACUCGCGAAAGGUCGUCGCCGGGUCCUGCACUUGCCGGUACGGUGUCCUCGGCGAGUGCAAGCACAGCGCCGCUGUAGUGCACUACAUCAACACGCACGAGGUCAGCGCUUGCACUAGCGUGCCCCAAGCGUGGGGCAAGCCUUCAAAGAGGCCGAAAUUAAGCGACAAGGCGUCGAUCGGGGACCUUUUUGGAGGCAACCGAAGCAACUUCGUAGGAAAACAAGAGCCACGAGAGGUGCUGCCACGCUACAUCAUUGACCAUUUCCCAGACAUUGACACCCCAUUUACGGACAUUCUGCGAUUGACAGGACAGAAUCAAGUAGAGCUGGAGUGUGCCCAGCUCUUAGAAGACAUUGUAAAUGAUGCGGUCACCAUUGUGAGGAAGUCUGAAGUGGAAGUGGUGCUGCAACAUCUAACGCAUCAGGCUUCGGACGGAGAGGCACUGAAGUACCGUCAAGAUCAACUCACAGACCCCGAGAAAGCAUUCUUUCAAAAAAGAGUGGCUUCUCGUGAUGUACUCGGAAUCUGCAUGGCAACGAUGGCACAGUCCAAGUGUGCACAGUGGUACCAAGAGCGCAAGGUGCGGAUUUCGAGCACAAUAGCACAUACCAUCCUCCGGACCAGGAAGACUCCACAGGAUCUUGUUGCGAGCUUGAUGAACACCACAAUGUUCACAAUAUAUGCUAAUACCAAUUUCAAUUACACAGGCUUGCAGACUGAACCAAAAGCACGGCGACGGUUCGAAGAAAAGUUUGGAGCACAUAUCGUGGAGGUGGGCCUGCUUGUGCAUCAAGAGAGGUCUUGGCUUUGCGGCAGUGCUGACGGAGUGUUUCAGCAAGAUGGAGAAACAGUCCUUCUGGAAAUCAAGUGCCCUAGCUCGAUAAAAGGGCAACCGGUCGUUGACGCCAAUAAGAGGAAGACAUUCACCAGCUGCCUGGUGUACAUUAAUGACAAGUUGUGCCUGAAACCAUCGCACAACUACUACACACAAGUGCAAGUGUUGAUGUUUGUGCUGGAUUUACAAUCUUGUUAUUUUUAUGUUUACACAUGUGAUGAGCAUGAUGCCACUGUGCUCGUUCCCAGGAAUGACAAGUUUUUGAACAAUGAGAUCCCUUCUCUGGAAUGGUUUUAUUUCAGCUGGUACCUGCCAGCCCUUGCGCAAAAGUACCAGAUCUAAGCACAUCAGUAAGAGUGACAAAAAAUAAAGUACUGCAUUCAAUUCACUGCAGACAGCAUGAGUUGCAACAGUGUUCCAUGCUUCUUUUGCAUACUUGCCAGUUUUUUUAGGAAUUGGUGGUUUAAAACAAGGCUGAAAUGUGAAGCAGAGUGCACAAAAUAUAAUCCUA